CGCACAGUCCAUGUGCUGGCUUGCGAUGCCCCAAUCUCGUCCCGGAGGAGUCUGUCUGCUUGCGUUAGCCGAGAUUGCCCACUCCCACGCCUUCAAUUAUUGAUCGUGCGCUGCCUUCCUGCCUGUCUCUCCCCAGUCUCUGUGACUUCGCUUUCCCUGCCUUUACCUCCCUCUCCCUCUCCCGCUCCAGCACUGCAGCAGAGGGAGGACUGCAACGUGCAGCCCACACAACCCCUUGUCCGCCCCUCCUCUGGCUCUGUCACGCCUGGCGACUCCUCCAGGAGGAGACGCCGCCGCCGGCAGCGCCGAGCCGAGCUCGGGAGGCAGGAGAAAGUGACCAGCUCCGCACGCGGCGGGCGGCUGCUCGGUGCCGGCACCUCGGGGGGCUUCGGUGUGUCCUAGCGGAUAUCUUGUUGAAGCUGAACAUGUUCUCGCAUCUCCACUAUUGAUGUCUAACGCAGAAUAGAUAUUCCAGACAGAAUCAAUAGAUCCAUUUGCAGUAGGACCAUCGUACAUUAAUACAAGAUGGAAGACUCCUACAAAGACAGGACUUCAUUAGUGAAAGGGGCUAAGGACAUUGCCAAAGAGGUGAAGAGACAAACUGUAAAGAAGGUGAAUAAAACGAUAGACAAAGCUCAGGAUGGGUAUACACAGAGAUCCUACAAACAAUUCAAGGACGAGGAAGAUGAUGACGACUACUAUACACAAGGAGGAAAUGAUGGAGAAGCCAAUGAUGAUGAAGGGUCAAGUGAAGCAACUGAAGGGCAUGAUGAAGAUGAUGAGAUUUACGAGGGGGAAUAUCAGGGAAUCCCAAACAUAGGGCAAGUCAAGGAUGGCAUAGUGGCCCUAGAGCAACCUAUCCAUGAUAAGUAUAAGGACCGUCAUGAACUGGAAGCAGAAAGGAAAGCUGAUGAAGAGGAGCUAGCACAGCAGUAUGAGCUGAUUAUACAAGAGUGCGGACAUGGCCGUUUUCAGUGGGCCCUCUUCUUUGUUCUUGGAAUGGCACUAAUGGCUGAUGGGGUAGAGGUUUUUGUGGUUGGAUUUGUGUUGCCUAGUGCUGAGACAGACAUGUGCAUACCCAAUUCUGGAUCAGGAUGGCUAGGUAGCAUAGUGUACCUUGGGAUGAUGUUGGGGGCAUUCUUCUGGGGAGGCUUGGCAGACAAGGUGGGAAGGAGGCAGUCUCUCCUGAUAUGCAUGUCUGUCAAUGGAUUCUUUGCCUUCCUGUCAUCAUUUGUCCAGGGCUAUGGCCUCUUUCUCCUCUGUCGCUUAUUUUCUGGAUUUGGGAUUGGUGGAGUUGUUCCAACAGUGUUCUCAUAUUUUUCUGAAGUUCUUGCUCGAGAGAAGCGUGGUGAACACUUAAGUUGGCUGUGCAUGUUUUGGAUGAUUGGAGGCAUCUAUGCUUCUGCCAUGGCUUGGGCAAUAAUUCCUCACUAUGGAUGGAGUUUUAGUAUGGGGUCUGCCUACCAGUUUCACAGCUGGAGAGUAUUUGUAGUCGUCUGUGCACUGCCCUGUGUCUCUUCAGUAGUAGCACUCACUUUCAUGCCAGAAAGUCCAAGGUUUCUACUGGAGGUUGGAAAACACGAUGAAGCUUGGAUGAUUCUCAAGCAAAUUCAUGACACCAACAUGCGAGCUCGUGGUCAGCCUGAAAAAGUCUUCACAGUUAACAGAAUCAAAACUCCCAAACAGAUAGAUGAGCUCAUAGAAAUUCAGAGUGACACAGGAACCUGGUACAGAAGAUGUUUUGUUAGAAUCCGCACAGAGCUAUAUGGGAUUUGGUUAACAUUUAUGAGAUGUUUCAACUAUCCAGUCAAGGACAAUACAAUCAAACUUACAGCUGUAUGGUUCACGCUGUCUUUUGGCUACUAUGGGUUGUCUGUCUGGUUCCCUGAUGUCAUUAAACAUCUGCAAUCGGACGAAUAUGCAUCCAAAGUGAAGCGUUUUAAUGGAGAGAGAAUUACAGAUUUCAGCUUCAACUUCACAUUGGAAAAUCAGAUUCACAUCAAUGGAUCAUACAUCAAUGACAGGUUUAUUAUGAUGAAGUUUAAAUCAGUAACCUUUGAAGAUUCCCUUUUUAAGAAUUGCUUAUUUGAGGACAUUACUUCUGUGAGCACAUACUUCAGGAACUGUACUUUUGUGGACACCAACUUCUCCAGCACAGAUCUUGAGCAAUAUAAAUUCAUUGACACCGAAUUUAUAAACUGCAUAUUUAAGCACAACAAGACAGGAUGUCAGAUUACCUUUGAUGAUGACUACAGUGCCUAUUGGAUUUACUUUGUUAAUUUCUUGGGAACUUUGGCUGUAUUACCAGGGAAUAUUGUAUCUGCUCUUCUGAUGGACCGAAUUGGACGUUUAACGAUGUUAGGUGGUUCUAUGGUACUCUCUGGAAUUAGCUGUUUUUUCUUGUGGUUUGGUACCAGUGAAUCCAUGAUGAUAGGCAUGCUGUGUUUGUACAAUGGUCUCACCAUUUCAGCAUGGAACUCCCUUGAUGUCAUUACUGUGGAACUGUAUCCUACAGACAGAAGGGCAACAGGUUUUGGCUUUUUGAACGCACUAUGCAAAGCAGCAGCUGUACUUGGAAACUUAAUAUUUGGUUCACUUGUUGGCAUCACCAAAGCAAUCCCCAUUCUUCUUGCUUCAACUGUUCUAGUGUGCGGAGGUCUGGUGGGACUUCGACUUCCUGACACAAGAACCCAGGUGUUGAUGUAAAACUGGAAAAAAGCCAUUUAUGGUGUAUUUCCCUCUUCUUUCAAGUGUCAACUCUCCUAACUGAAUGGUGCAAAGGCUUCAGAUUUUAGAAUGGUGAUCAGAUAGCAGAAAUCUAACUCAAAAUGAGAUAUUUUUCUGUGACAGAGGUUUAGAAACUUCCAUAAGAAAGUUUGUUUCACCUUCUUUUGCAUAUUUUUUCUGUUUAAUACUUUUUAUCUUUCAAAUUGCAAAGCUACCUCUUGAAACAUUUUCGAAGACAUAUUCAGGAAGAGAAAACUGUGCUCAUAGCUAGGUGUUUAAAAUGCAAGCGUAUUGUCACAUCUAGGACAUUAAAAAAUAGGUCCUAGAUUUUUGCCAUGACACCACUGGCUUCCAUAGUGAUACAGACAAGGAAGUCAAUUAUUUAACAGUAUUGGUGCAGUAAAUGUCAAUCUUACACAGAUCAAUGCAUGCAGCAUUAAACCGGAAACUGCAUAUUCUGAAUCCGUACUGAGAAUAUUAACGUUGUGUGACUAUAUUUAAGCAGUAGGGACUUCCUGCUUUCUCAGAAAAGGGCACGGCAGGCUUUGGCAGUGGUAAUGCCUCUUUCAGGGGAAACCAUCUUAUGUAGAUUCAAUCAGGGGUAAAGAAUAACAAUUACAAUCAUAACAGUAAAGCUAUCUGUGCUGAGAAACAACUCCUUCUACAGCAAAGCUUAUAAUGGGUGACCAAAGUAAGAGAAUAGGAAAAGAAGCACUUUCACAGCUUGCUGAUCCUCCAGAGUGUAUUUAGAGAUACCAACACUUGGAUGUCUGGAAAUAUCUGAGCAUUUUAGAAAACAAGGGCUUUGUCUGAACUUAUCUUGGUGUAAACCAUUAGUAGUUGUACUCUAGUCAGUAGUUACACUAAUGCAGGGGUCUCAAACACGCGGGGAAUGGGGGCUGGGAAGAGGUGGGGCAGGGGCGGGGCCUCAUGGAAGGGGUGGAGUGGGGACGGGGCAGCGGGUGGGGAUAAGGGGUCAGUGAUGCGGCCCUCAGGCCAAUGUACUAGUCCUCAUGUGGCCCUCGUGGUCAUUUGAGUUUGAGACCCCUGCACUAAUGUAAAACUAGUGUGAGUGAAGGCAGAAUAAAGGCCAAUGCUUGUACGAAAAGUAAACAGCUUUAAGAAAAGUGCUUUUGCUAUUUAACCUACUAACUCUUACUCCCUUGAUGACAUACAAUGUUUAGAAAAAAUAUUUUGUAUUAGAGUGCCUCCUACAUGUUAACUUCGUCCUCUGUUUAAUAUGAUCAGAAUCUCCAGAACCAAAUCAUUUACCUACAACUGGUAAACUUUAAAAAAAAAAAAAGUAACUUUUCUUAGUCUAUCAAUUUAUACAAUUGGCAUAAAUUUGCAAAUAUUAAUCUUAACAAUAUCUCAUCAUUUAACACUUCCUCGUUCUCCCAGCCCGGCACACCUCCAAAAAAAAGAUAGAAUGUUAGCCUUAGCUUUGAGUCUCGUGGAUUUUAUCUAUUUGUCACAGCCUUAGCAUUAGUGAAAAGCAGUUUCCUGUAAUUAGGAUAGUAUCUAAUUCUGGCCACUGUGUGCAUCUCGCUCUCUCUCGCUCGCUUGCUCAUUUUUCAGGGCACUCCCUUGUGUCAUCCCUUCAUCAGAUGACUGCCUUGUACUUAUUGCACAUCUCGUUUCGAAAUCUGAAGCCUCUGUACAGAUUUAGAGUGAUGAUCAACAACCAGUGGUAAAUAACAUUUUUGUACCACACACUGUCUAUUUCAAGCGGUAUGUUGUGUUCAGUUCUGUAUGUUACUUUAAAGAAUUACUAAAUUCCAUAUGUGCAGCGCUAUGACCAGUGUGGGGGAGAGGGAACAUAGGAAAGUAAGGAUCAGUUACUGAGGGCUCCAAUUCAGGGCUAUGCUAAAAUCUCAUUACAUUCAAAAAUGUGCUCAGUUUCUGUUAAAAAACAACUCCUCCCCGCUAUUUCACCAUAAUCCACAACACUUCUGGUGAUUUUGCUAAGUCUAGGCUACAUCUCAGAUCUCUUGCUUAUAGCCACCUCAUGCAUGACUCAGCCUCGAUACAGUGUAGCCAACAACAUUAGAGCACAUAGUGUGAUUGGGCUAUGGCAAGCAAUGUAAACUGGCCUACAGAAAAAGAAAAUACCUGAGUGCAUGGAUACAGCUUCAGGUUACCAAUGAAUGUUGUAAGACCCUUCGCCUUCCUCUGCCCCUCCCUCCCACUAAAAAGGUGAGGUGGGGGGGUGGGAAAAGAAGGGAGAGCAGAGGAGGAAGGGAGGAGAAGAGAAAGGGAAAAGAAAAGGAAGAAUAGAAGAGGAGAGGAACAAAGAGAAAAUAAGUGUAAGCCCUCCCUCCUCCAUAUUCCAAACGUGUUACGCUAUGAGGGCAAGAGCAGAAAAUAUAAUUGUAGCUGUGUACAUACAAUCAGAGGCUUAGUAGUACAGCCGCUUGGAGCACCAGUAUUUGACCUUUGGAGGCUUAGAUCCAGAUGUUACUCUACUUCGUUGAAGAAGAUAAAUCACAUGCAGCUUCAUAGGAGAAUGCCAUAUACUGUGUGUGUACAUAUUAGAGAGAACAAACCAAACUGGCUUAGGUUACUGUACCAGAGCCCUCUAAUGGAUGAAAGCUUAACUACUUAUCUGUGUGUCAUAGUCCUUAUCCUGCUGUGAGGUAACAGAGAUUCUCUUUCAGUUCAAGUGUUGGGGGCCCUUGUUAUUUGUGCAGGAAGAUGCAAGUUCUAGCCUUUUUUCUGCUUUAAAAUUAAGAGGGUUCAACAUAGUGAUAAUGCUUGUUCAAGGUAGUCAGAGAUUUAUAACUGUAGAAAGAGAGGGCUAAGACUAGAACUGCAUGAUUCCUGCAGGGAGGGACUGAAGUGGGCUGGCAGAGUGAUGCAGGGAAGCCUGCCUUCAUAAUGCCUGGUUCUAGCCAGUGCCUUCACUGAGGACAAUCAUGCAGCCUUUAGUCACAGAAGAAAAGAUGCCAGAACUCCUUGCCUGAUAGCUCCAGCCCAGCUGUCCUCCUCUUGCCCAGCCUCCUGCUCCCUGAUAUUCCCAAGAUUUCCAAACAGGUAUUAAAUCUAUCAAGGCUUCCUUCUUACUUUUUCCUUUCUUCUCCCUGAUCCUACCAUUCUACUGAUUCCAAAUUAACUUGCCUUCCAAAGAUCCUCUUCUAAAUUCCCUCACUUAUUCCUCUCAAUUGUCUUUAAUUUCCUUAUAUCCUCCAGUAAUAAACCAAUGCUCCACCUUUUGGGUUUGAGGUUAACACGUCUUUAAUCCAGGAUGGAAAACAAGCUAAAGCAAAACAUCCCUUCAAGUUGUCUCCAUCAUGGGAAGCAGAUAAGUCUCUGAAAGUUCAUUUAAUAUCCAGGUGGCCUAACUAACGCACAUAAUCAAGGAAAAAAGAUCCUCCUGUCAGAAGCUCCACUUAUCCCUUUAGAUGUGGUAAAUGAAGAUCAAGGAAAGUGCCCUGGUACUGUCACCAAGCUCAGCUCCACUUGGGAGGAAGUUUCAUUCUUCUUUCCCAGAAGCCCCACCCUUUUUCUUCCUUGGCACCCCUGGAAACCUCACUUUCAUAUAGCUGCCAGCUCUGCUAUUGAGGCACAUCUGGCAGCUCCACUUUCCAGUAGCCUAAUGGAGCCAUAGCUGUCAGCUUCUUUCUCUAGGCCUGAUAGCUCAGGCAGUCUCUAUUGGCUGGGCUUUAGCCCUUUCCCCAGUGAAGGGUUUUAAAACACUUCUUCAUUCAGCCAGGAACAGUUACAUACAUCCUGUCAUAGCUCCCUUAUCCAACCAAGGCAGCACUAUUUUAGCCUAACUUGUCUGACACAUUUUAUUUUUUUAUAUUUAGCUGGAAAUGGAACUACAGUUCAAACACAAGGUUAACAAUGAAUCCUCAAAACUGUACACUCCGUAGGUCACAUAUAGAGGAAGUACAAGCAGAGCUGUUCCUCUUCCUCCAGAAUGUGGGGGGAAAAUGCUCAGCAGUCAAAUUCCAGAAGAAAACAAGUCAGAUGGACUACUUUCCUCAGCAUUUCCUGCCUUCCUGUUCACCAAACUCACUGUCAAAUGUCAGCCCAUGUUAAUAAGAUCUUUUACUAUCAGUUUAGGAAAAACAGCAUGAAGAGAGAGCAGGUGGGUGAGGUAAUAUCUUUUAUUGACUCAACUUCUGUGAGUGAAAGAGACAAGCUUUUGAUAUACAGAGAGCUCUUCUUCAGGUCCUGAAACUUUAAAGCUUGUCUUUCUCAGAAGAUGGUCCAAUAAAAGAUAUUGUCUCACCCACCUGGUCUCUCUAAUAUCCUGGGACCAACAUGGCUACCACAACACUGCAAACAGUAUCAAAAGAGAUACUUUAGCAUGCAAAUGAACACAAAACUGGAUUUUUGCCACAAUAUGGCAAACACGUGUCAGACACGUGAGUUUGUAACACAAAAGCAGAAUCACAAACUAAUUAGAAAGCAUUAGUUUGUAGUAGAUCUUUUCAAGCUCUGUAGAACAGAGUGAUUAAAUUAUGGUCCUCAGGUUGACAACAUCCUGCUGGCAUCUGCUAUGUGGCCCAAUUGAUCUUUCUGAAAACUUUCAAGCAUGGUGUGUGCUUGUGCAGCUUAACCAGGUUAUGGAAAACAUUUUUGGGCCUGUCACUGUUUUUAUCCUUUAUUUUUCUUAUAGUGAUCUGUUAUCCUCCACUUCUUUUCUUGGAUCUAGGAGGAUCCUUCAACAUUUAACCCUGCUCUAGAACCUUAAAAUUACUAGAGAGGACUCCAGGCCACUUCAGGACUUCUCUUUGAUCCAGAGGUUCAGUAAACACGGCAUAGAUCUAAGACUCAGUGUGCCUGAUUGAUUCUUCUCUUGCUUACACCAGUUUUACACUAGUGUAUUUCCACAUUUACCGGCUUGUGCAGAGCUGCAUCCAGCCCAAAUAAAGUAAAUUAAAAGGAAGUAGAGUUUGUCUGCAGUCUUUUUUCACCUAAAUUUGUAUAAAUUAGAGUGAAAUUAUCUGCUGCGCUGAGACUCCUCUUAGUGCAGCAAAAAUGUGACUUUGGGGAGCCUGUCAUGCCUCCCUGAUUUUCAAGGCUGAGUAGAUUUGUGGGACAAAUCACAAAUUCAAUUGCUUUCUAGGACUGGGGCUUUAAUGAUCUUCUCUGUAGUGGAAUUGUCUAGUACAUGUUACUUUCUCCUCACCAUACCCCUGUGGACAGUCUAGUAUCUCAGGAAGGGAAAGGGAUCGCUUGGCCACGAUGGUCAUUGGAUAAGAGUAACUCAGCACAAAAUAGAACUGUUCCUCCCACCUACCUUGUCCAUGGAUAUACAUUUAAAAGGACAGACUUCCUAGUGGGCAUGUGGAAGUAGCUGACCUAUGCAUCUUGUCAGCUACUCCAGCUUUCAGUUCCUCCUUUCAUCUGAGGUACAGGCUAUAACCAGGGACAUCAGUCUAGUAAUGAGAGGGAGGAUCAACUUGGGGGACUGCAGUUUUACUUGAUCUCUCCAUGGCCGGUCAGCUCUGCUACUUUCUUCUUGGAUCCUAAAGUUCCCCACAUCUUCUUACCUCUAAGGUUGGCCACCUACCAUAGCCUGGGCAUCCAGGACGCCUAGAUCUGAACCAUGAGCCCCAGCAGUGCAACCGUAAACAGCAAUGCUAUAAAUGGACACUGUACAUCACUGCAUCUAAACUGCUGAGAGCAAACCACGCUGCCAAGAUCCAUCGUAUGGAUCUGUGUUCUGUAGGCCUGCUCCCAUUUCAUGAGUGUCUUCAGCUAGAACUGCCAUCUAGUGCUUUUCUCUGCCGAUCACUGCACACACUUUCUAACUCACUCCCAUUGUCCGGCAUCCCAUUGUCUACCUGGUAAAUUCAGGCCUAUCUCCAGCUGAAGCAAUGUGGCAGGAUCAGUUUCUCAUUCGCAACAGGACCAUAUUUGCUCAAUUAAGAAAAAAAAGAUUGGGGAGGAGAGAAGAGGACGAGAGAGAAAGUGAGAGAUUAUGAAAUAGAAUAAAACAAAACCAAAAAAAGUCAGAACUAGUAGGUUAGAGGCCUAUGGUUCAGGACCUAGUUUUUUUCUGCAGUAAAUUUUCUUUGAAUUCUAGUCACUGCCCUGAUAUAAUACAGCUACGUGAGUAUUGUUUAUUGUAAAGGAGAUGUACUGUACAGUUUUGGUGAAAAUGCGUGUACACACACACGUACUCCUCUGUGUGUGUGUGACAAGUGUAAGAUUUUUAUACACUAUAAAACUUAAUUCAAAAUGUUGUUUUUAAAAUGCAAUUUCAUUCUCAGUGCCAUUGAUUGCCAUUUGCUACAUUAUGCUUUGAAUACAAAAUACACUCUACUCAUUUCCUUGUGCAAAAUUCUUUACUUAAUCAUCCAUAAUUUUGCUAUGGUGCCAAGCACUUUCUUAGUUUGCCAUUCAUUUUAUGUCACUGAAAGAGAACGCCUGUAAUUGUUGUAGGAGUAAGCUUUGAUUUAGCUGCAUCCUUCCCCUACCAUGCUGUGCCAAACAGAGAAGCAACAAACCAUAUAGAAGUAUCAGUCACACGUGUUCCAGUGACUCAGCACCCUAGAAUAUUCAAAAUCAAGUAUAAAUUCUUGGGGUUUUUUUCUUUUUCGAAGCAAAGUAUGUUCUGAAUAAUGUUCCAUAUGGAUCUCAACAUAUUAACUUCUGUGUAAUAUAUGGGAAUAUGUCUGUCUUCUUUCUGUACUGUAUGUUUUUCAUUGUUCCUGCAGACAUAGCUGCUGCUGUUCUAAUAAUCUUCUUAUAGCUAAAUUGUUUGCCACUGCUCUUAUCAGCAUUCUUUGACCAACUAGAAACAGAGCCAUUGCCAGGGUGUCUUCAAUUAAUCAUUAACAUUCACAAAGAUCUAGCUCCCUAAUGAGCGGUGUAUAGUACCAUUCCUGCUAUUAUUCAAGUGAAGCCAGUCUGAAAAAACACACACACAAAAGGGAAGAGGGUGGAGAGAGUUCUUUCUAGAGCUCUGGCAUUCAUUAUGCUUCUUCCCUAGAUGCAAACAACUUCAUUCUUUCCAAUGUGUUUCCGGGGAGUGUGUGCCUGUGCAUUGCAGAAUUAAGGAGUCAGCAGAAAAAAGGGCGUUCUAUUCUCACAAGAAUGAACAAAGCAUAUUUGGUACAGAAAAACUAAGACAUUUUUAAAAGAAAUUAAAACAGACAACACCACACUGUCCAUAGUUGGGAAUCACGCGUAUUGCCCGAUUUACUUAGGACUCAAAUUCAUUCUGAACCAUUUCGUUAAGUAAUAACACACAACAGUGCAGCAAUGUUGAUACAACAACAUCAUUGGUGAAUAGUGGAUAUUCUAAUGCAAAGGGGAAAAAAAUGUCAGUGGUGGGACACUGUAGCCUGCAGUUUCUUGUAGUCUUUCUUUAAAAAAAGAAAAAUGACUCUUUAGGUUUACAAUGAACGUUGCUGAUCUUAUCAUUAUUGGAACUAUAUAACAAACAUUAAAAUGAAAUAAUUUAGAAGAAAAAGUAAUAGAAUGUUAAACAUUAACUUUAAAUAGUUAUAUUUUUAACAAUAAAAUGUUUUUGUAAGAAACUUAGAGCUCUCUCCUCCCUCCCCAUGUGGAUCCCAGCCAGUGUGGUGGCCAGUUUCUGUAGCACUUCACCUAUGACCAUGAAGAAUAUACUUUCAUUUUAAAAAUUCUCCCAAAACUAGAGCAGCAUACACUUACUGAUUUAGGCCUUGAUCCAGCAAGUUGGUCUAUAAAGGCAAGCCUCUAUGCCUAUAUAGUCAAUGGAAAUCAGUGGAACAGUUUACAGGAUUAAGACAUGAGCUUUCUUAUAAUUUAA